AUGGCACAUACGCUCGUCUACCCGGGGAUGUUGAAACACGCAGCCCCGCGUGGUCAGGAACGAGCUCGAAAGCUCGGGCGCGCGAGUAGCCGGGGGCCGGAGGCCCCUAUCGUAGCAUAUAACCACCCCACGCGAUGUACGUACCGCACGCGAUUGUCCCUUAUGGGCAUCGCUAUGCUCGUGGACAAACGCGCCCCCGCACCGUUCGCACCAUUGUUCCAACAGGGGAAGUAUUUCUUUUAUCUCCUUGGGAAUACACCUGCGGUAUGCCUGACGAGGGACAUCCCGCCAGAGGAGCCCGCAAAUGUACUCCUGUUGGGCUGCGGUGACCCACGAAGUGUUCUUUUCACUAUUUUCUCGGAGCCUCAGAAAGAGAGCCGUGCGCUCGAUUUUACGUGCUGCGAUAUCGAGCCGGCAGUUCUAGCGCGUAAUGUACUCUUGUUGACGCUUGUUGCGGACAACCAGCUUUAUGCGAACAGCAUGUGGAAUAUCUUCUUCCACACCAAUGCAAAAAAGCUCAUCCAACUGUCGGAUAGCCUCACUGUCUGGAUGAAAUCGCCGUAUGGUCAGUUCAUUGGGAUGAGUACGGAAUACACCCUAUCCGAGCUGCGGCGCCACUGGACACUCUACGUCGACAUGCCCAACCUGCCGUUCUCGCGGGUCAAACCGAUUCGGGACAAGUUCACACAGAUUGCCAAAUCCAAGGCGCAACGUCCCGGGCGCAACAUAAGCACAGCACGCGGCGCCGGUCCCCUUAUUUUCCAAGCGGUGGAGGUCACGUCGCGACAAUACGACUCCUACUGGAAGACGGGUACCACAUUCUCAGAUCAAAGUCUCAUUAACGCCGCAAAGUUUCUCAAUCCUACAUUUGCUUAUUCGUUUGCCGGCGAGGGCUUCGCGGUGCACUACGGUACGGAUCCGAUGGAGAGCUUCCAUCUCGUAGCUCUCUUCGGCAACGCACGAGGGCCAAUCACCGUCUCUGACGUUGUCAAAGCCGCCAAAGCCGAAUUCAGCGACUGGUGCACGGCUUUCUCAUCUGCUGUCUCCGAUGCCUCGCGCGUUCUUACCGUCCGCUUCUUUCUUGCCGAAGCCAUGGCCGCAUGUCGCGCCCUACACGACUUCGUCGAGACUGGGACGCUCGAAACCACAGUAUAUGUCGCUCAGUGGAACACGCAGCUGAUUCUGUUCAAUCAGGCAGAGUACGUGUCCGGAGCGGCCCCCGCCCGCUUCAACGUCGUUGAUACGUCGAACCUGGACGACCAUAUCGGGCUCCUGAAUGUUGUCAUCGCUGCUACCCCCCUCCUUGCACCACCCCCGCGACUUAUUGCAUUGUACACGGAGUCAUUACUGGCACGCGGAGAGGAUGCGACAAGGGAGUUCUCCCAGCGACUGUAUGCGAACCUUACUGUCAUGUCCUUGCUCCUGGGUGUCGCGCCAAUCGACUACGUAUCAAGCUUCACCUCUCGAUCGAACACGCACGAGCUAAUGCUGUACCUUUCUCAAAAGAGAGAAUCUAGUCAAUUCCAACAGGUGACCACUUGGAAGCGUCCCGUAUCUGGAGACGCGUAUGCUUUCCGCGGUGGAGGAGGUUGCCUGCCGCCCACGUUUGAUAGCAUUCAGCUUGGUACGCUCCUAUACGACAUGUACCACGACCUGUUUGAGCAGGAAGACGCAAGACACUUCUGGCGGCUUAACCAGGGAAACAUUAUGAAAGCCAUCUCGAGGUCUAACAUGAUUCACUAUACACGCGAGAGCUUCGUAUUGUUCUUGAAGCUCGUGAGGGAUCGUCUCCAUCUCUCGCGAGAGAUGGAUAGAGUCCGAGUCAUCCUCGUAAUCCCACGUGACAAAUUAACUGUCCUCGACGAUGCUUCCGAUGAAAUCGCCACCCCUUUGCUACAAUGCGAUAUCCGAGGCGAUUGGUCGCACAACAUCUUCUCUUCUGUCCAUGUAGCCUUCGGGCGCGCUAUAAAAAUGGGGACGAAGGCACACCCUUGGGUCACGUUCGAGGCGGACCCAGAAGGAUGGAGUGGCACAUCAUCCCUCGUAGCAUCAUUUACCAUGGCAUCACGGUAUCUUACGGACAUCGAGCCCGCUCAUCGACUGCGAGUGACAGUCUCGGUUCGCUCCACGCACGCCUCAGUGCUGCUGACUGAUAAACUCGGCGUUGCGCUCAUUGUUCAUGAAGCUAAAUUAAUGGACGAAACCGCGGUCUUUGUUCUCCCUGAGCAUCCUCUACCUACGAGGAACCAGGCUGGCGCAUCGGGCGUUCUUCGGUCACCGGGAGCUACCAUUCGAGAAGAGCUUGGACAAUCUCAUAGCGUUGUCGUCGAACUGGACGAGCAGUGUGAGCUGGUUUCGGCACUGACAUCACGUAUAUCCGUCGAGAACGAAGACGCAAAGCGUGCAUUCGCAGCAGGUGCUCUGCCAAGCGUCAAGCAGGUGUCUCCUUCUACAAUCAGGCUCACCCUGGAUGGACGGGUGCAAGACGUCACGUACCCAUUCCCCGUCAUCGGCGGCCAGAAUAAGCUUCGUCUGGCACGCAAGUCGUUGUACAUCGAGGUUGUCGUGCCAAUUUACGGACCGUUUCAACCAGAAGGCAUGAAGCUCAAUCCGUUUACUGUAGCAGCGAUAGAAGGCACUCUGGACCUCUGGAGCAUUCACCGGGUGAAUCUAUCCACCCUCCCGGUCCUCGACACCAAAGCCUCGAAACUGGCAGACUGGUUGAACCCACACAUUGGCUCAAUGAUGUCCAAAAGGGAACGGUCUCUGCGCAAGAAGCAUAAGGAGGAUAUACUGAUGUAUGUUAAGGACACAAUCCAUGCCAUCCUUGUUCGAGCAUCUGGUAUCCAAGUGGGCCCCCCUUGUCGCCUGUUUGCUUUGCGCGAUCAUACCACGAGAAACAGCGACACGGUCAUUUUCGUCGACACUAUCAGAUACGAUAUGCAUCGCCACACUGUCGUGUGCGACGGCUUUGUGCUGCCUCUGACCAUCGACCUCCUUCGUCGUUUGGAGCAACCAUUCUGCAAAUUGAUCGCUCCUGGAAGAAUGGUCGAUGUGACUGUAUUCGGGGAUGAGAUGCGAGCAUGGAAGCAGCUAUUUCCUGCACUUGCUGAACGAUGCCGCACAUCGUGGACUCAUGGUCCUAACUGCGAGUACAGAUCGCAAGGAAAAAUUCCAUUGACAGAGGACAUGGAAGUAGAUCCCCUAUGCAGCUGCGGCAGAGGGCAAGAUACCGAAAGGAUGCAGACGGUUGACAUAUGGAGACCAUUUGCACCCCAUGUCACCCGGAUUGCUAUUUCCCCGCUAUUCGCUGUCUCCUACCUUGAGACGAUUGGCCGUGAUCCUGACGCUCACAGGUGCUUUGUGUGCAGAGGCAAGGGCAAGCCCAGGAUCAGAGCUUGUGGCGGAUGCAAGAAGGUGCGCUAUUGUUCCGCGGCAUGCCAAAAGAAGCACUGGAAGAUACACAAAUCGCAGUGUAAGCCGUGA